ACUGCCUCAAGCCGCAGCGACUCGACUCACCAGAGCUGAACCUCAAGCAGAGAUAGCAACAAGCAAGGCACUUCCACGCCGCGCAGGCUAACUCGCUUUCGGCUUUGGUUCGAGAUGGAGACUCGUUGGAACAUGAGGAGAAGCUCCAGCGCACACAACUUUAAGAGUGGACUGUCCCUGUGGCUGAUUCUGUGGCUGGUGGUGGUGAAGCCGGGCGGGGUGACCGCAUGCCCCAGGCUGUGUGUGUGCUACCCCACGCCCAUGACGGUCAGCUGCCAGUCCCAGAACCUCACCAUAGUGCCGGCCGGUGUGCCCUAUGACUCACAACGUGUUUUCCUGCAGAACAACCGCAUCACAGAGCUUCGCGCAGACUCUUUUGGCUUUGAGACACAGGUGCUUUGGCUGUACGGCAACAACAUCACAUGGAUCGAGGCCGGGGCCUUCAGUAACCUCCGGGUCCUGGAGGAGCUGGAUCUGGGCGAUAACCCCUCGCUGCGGCGUCUGGAAGGCGGAGCUUUCAGGGGCUUGGAGAAGCUGCAGAGCCUGCACAUGCACCGCUGCAAGCUGGCCGCUCUCCCCCAUGACAUCUUCCACAAGCUGUACAGCCUGCAGUUUCUCUACCUGCAGGAGAAUCAGCUCCACUUUCUGCAGGAUGACCUGUUCUCAGACCUGGUCAACCUCACCCACCUCUUCCUGCAUGGAAACCGUAUCCGCGCCCUCUCCGAGAAUGUGUUCAGAGGCCUGGUCAACCUGGACCGCCUCCUCCUCCACGACAACCGCAUCAGGCAGGUCAACCGCCGCGCUUUCCGCGACCUGGGCCGCCUGACCAUCCUUUACCUCUUCAACAACUCCCUGGCCGAGCUGCCGGGCCAGACCAUGAAGGAUGUCCAGGACAUCCAGUUCCUCCGCCUGAACGGCAACCCCUGGUCCUGCGGCUGCGAGGCCCGUCCCCUCUGGGAGUGGUUCCGCAAGGCCCGCAUCUCCUCCUCCGAGCUCAUGUGCACCUCCCCAUCCCAGCGUCGCGGCCAGGACCUCCGAUUCCUCCGGGAGCUGGACUUCGCCCUCUGCCCUCUGCCUGACCCCGGCUCCCUGGCUGGAACCACCACGACCACCUUCAGCACCAAGACCCGUUGGUGGUUCUCCAAGCACAAGCCCGCUUCUUCAUCCAAGGCCUUGUACCAGAAGAGCUCAGAGACCGUGAAGGCCUUCCCCUUCUCCGCCGUCAAGCCUCAGUUCCCCCCCAAACCUCCAGUCGAAUCCUUCUCCUCCAAGUACGAACUGUCGGAGGAUGAGGUGGCGCUCCCCAAGCUGGACCCAGAAGAAUACUGGGCCAACUACGGCAACGAAGAUGCCUCCAUCCGCUGCUUUGAGCUGGAGUGCCCCCCUGGCUAUGACACCCCAGCCUUCCCCUCAUCCUCCUUCUCACCCAUCACCCCAUCCCUCCUCCACGUCCUCUCCCUCUCCAUAGUCACAGUCUCCCUUCAUUUCCUGUUCGGUUGAACUCUUCUUUCCCCCACACCCUUUUCCUCCUCUGAUUUCUCCCCCUGCUCUUUCCAACUCUAACAAAAACCUGGAUCUUGAUUCCUUUUGGUUACCUCCUCGAGGUGCAGGGGGGGUGCUAUACUGACAUAGGAGACAGGUGAGGCAGCGGGGAGCUGUUUUAAAGAGCAGAGAUCAGCUGAUGUAGAGCAGGACAGGAUUUCAUUGUUGAAAUAGCUGCUGCUCACCGGUACAGGCAGGGAUCAAAUCAUGAAAACUGCCUCUGAUACAAACAGCACAAAGGCAGAAUCCUACAACAGCAUUAUGACAGCUGGUGGUGUCUCCAGAUGUUUUUUUGAUACCACAGCUGUAAACAACGCAGGCGUUGUGAUUUGUCAGCAGCUAUUUUCUAUAACAGCUAGCGCUCACCAUUCGAUCACUGCUAACGCUAUCCCUCACCAGUUUACUUUCAUUGUGAAUAACAGCGGUGAUUAAUAGGUUAUAUGGCACCACUAGAAGUAGGAGACGGAGGUGGAUCAACACAGAUAGUGGGAGGCUUUGAGGGGAAAGAAAAGAGAAGAAGAAAUAAAGAAUUAAAGGGAGUCAUGGAAAGAAAAUCAGUGACACGUGAGAAGAGCGAGCUUUAGAUUUUCAUCUAAAGGCAGAAAAAGGAUGAGAGGAUCAUCAGAUAUGCAGCCAAGAAUGGCUCUCCUCUCCAGAUUCAAAAAUCUUGUACGACCCCAGAAAUGCCAGCAAACCUCCACCGCCACCACCCACACUUGUACAUACCACACAUCAUCACUGUACAUAAACCCAUCACACACACUGCUCUGUAUUCUAGACUUGCUGGAUUUGUACUUUCCUUUUAGCACCAUUUAGUAAACGACAGCUUGUGGUGACACUUAGAUUGUAAAUGGAAAGGCAAAAGAAGUGAAAUUACGGCAACUCCUUCUCGACCCUCGUGUUUUCUAGUCUCUUCCUCUCUCAGACAAACUGAGAAAGUUUGUUCCGGAUUCCCCAGACUGAGAUUAAACAUAUCAGAGCUCACUUCCAACAUGAGCAGACAAAUAGAUUCCUACUUUCAAAAGAAAAAGGAAAGGGUUGUACUACUGAUCUAAACUGUUUUGUCUCAGUUUUCUGUUGUGGUUGUGCAUGAAUGAAAGUGGACUGUUGUAGACUAAAGGACCAAAGUCCAGAGGAGAUGAGUUUGAUGAGGUCUUUUAUUAAAGCGAGUGUCUGUGUAUGUGUGUACCCGUCCAACUCAGCCCUUUCUGUCGUUGGAAGCCUCAGGUCUGGAUCCUGUUACUGUUACACUUUGACUGAUAGUCAGCUGUCUGUCUGUAUGUUUUUAUAUGUGUAUGACUGAAUGUUGAAAAAGCCCUUUAUGCACUAAACUUACACAUCACUAGGACCCAAAACUGUUUCACCACCAACUGUAUAUUUUCAAAAAAUGCAUGGGAAUGUGAGUGACUCAUACAGGUUUUUUUUGUUUGUUUGUUUGUUUUUUUACUAUUUUCUGACAAAAGUUUUCAUCUGAUUUCAGUGACAUAUCUGGAUUUUAUGUUCAUACAGACCAUAAACAGAUCACAACAAUCAAACUGUCAUACGUAAAACCAUAUUAAAUCUGUAUUAGAAAACC